UCUCCCUCUCUCUCUUUCCCUGCCGGCUGGGUGCUGAAGUUGGGCGGAUGGCAGCAAACCAGCUCCGCUAGGGACCCGCUCCACAAGCCGUUCCCCAGCAUCGCUCAGUGCCAAGCACACACAUCCAGGCGGGGCUUCUGGGGCACCGAAGGAGCUGAAAUGAGAAAAAGGCAACAGUCACAAAAUGAAGGAACAUCUGCUGUUUCUCAAGCACCUGGAAACCAAAGGCCCAACAACACAUGUUGCUUCUGUUGGUGUUGUUGUUGCAGCUGCUCAUGCCUCACUGUUAGGAAUGAAGACAGAGGGGACAGUUCAGGAAGGCCAACACACAGUACCAAAAUGGAGAGCAUCCAGGUUGUAGAAGAGUGCCAAAAUCCAACUGCAGAAGAAAUUCUGUCUUGGGCUCAGAAUUUUGACAAGAUGAUGAAAACACCAGCCGGUAGGAAUAUUUUCAGAGAAUUUCUUCGAACAGAGUAUAGUGAAGAGAACUUGCUGUUCUGGCUAGCAUGCGAAGACCUGAAGAAGGAACAAAACAAGGAAGCCAUUGAAGAAAAAGCAAGGCUUAUCUAUGAAGAUUACAUUUCUAUUCUUUCACCAAAAGAGGUUAGUUUAGACUCACGGGUGAGAGAAGUGAUCAACAGAAACUUGUUGGAUCCUACUCCUCAUAUGUAUGAAGAUGCGCAACUACAGAUCUACACAUUAAUGCACAGAGACUCUUUCCCUAGGUUUUUGAACUCUCAGAUUUACAAGUCUCUUGUUGAAAGUGCUAAAGGCUCUGCUUCUGAAACUUAGGUCUAAUUUGGGGAUUGAAAUCUUGACUUAGCUUUUUUGGGGGAGGGGGGAAGGACUAUUAGGAUGAAGACAGACGUAACAUUUUUAAAGCAGUGGAAGUGCUCUGGAAGCAUCCUCACUGCCUUCAGUCCAAAAUGUACCUUUCCUCUCCGAGGUCAAACUCUGGUUAAAACCAGUUCUGUAUCUUAGAGGCAGAGGCCGGCUGUGCACGGUGCUGAUUUGUUGAGCCUACCACCACCAUCCCCAUGAUGUCACCAAGAAACCUCCCCUCCAAUAGCUGGAGCAGUGUUGCACUUUAGGAAAAGUUUCUUUUUAAAAAUGAAUAUGGUGAUGCAUGAACCAAUACAUGCAUGCAUGUUCAUGCAGCACUUUUAAAAAAGGAGGGGCAGCCAACCUGAAGCAGCUGGAGACAGAGGCAAGGCUGAUAGCUGAGCAUACGCAUUGGUACACAUAGCUGUCAAUUCAGCUGCACAGUUGAGAGGAAGCUGGGCUGACCCUGCAACUGAGGCAUGUGCUGUGAACUCUCUUUUUCUAUUACAUCUGUCUUCACCUUAGUAGUUUAAUAACAUCUGGAACUGAGUUCCUGGAGAACUACGGUUUAGCACUACUCAGGCUACUGUGAAGAAAACAAAUACACACAAUGGUCUUUGUCUACAAGGUCCUUCAUGCUUGAGAUGGGAAGGGAGAAACAUAGAUUUGCCAAAUCACAUUUGUUUCACAUACCUUUCACACCUGCAGUUAAGACUGCAAUGACGUGCUUGUCAUUUUAUGAAGAGUUUCCUUGUGUAUCCUCACACUGCAUGUGCAAAAGCAAAACUGCUUCACUUACCACUUAGUUGUUGCAAUAUUUAAUUCAACAACAUAAAUUAUAUUUAUACUUAAAAACAUUUUGUGCAAUAUGGUCCUACGGUACUCACAGAUAUCAUUGGAGGAAGCCAGAUGGAAAUUAACUCUAAAAUGAGGCAAAAUUAGUCCAAAUGCUCUAUGGAGAGAAAAAUCCACUGCUGUGUAAAACAGAUAAUCUUUCUGUAUAAGAAAGUGGGAGGAUCUGUUACUAUUAUCAUUUAUUUAAAAUUUAAUGCAGGGGUUUCCUCCAGUUGUUGAUUGCCAAAAUGGUGGCAUUUUCGUGACAGAAUUUGAAAUGUUCAAAGAAAUAAUUAACAAUGAAGCACAAAAUACAUGAAGGGGUCCAUGUGGAGUGACACAGUUAAUGCGCUGACAUUGUUUUUAAUUGUUAUUAAGAACAGAUAAUCAAUGUACAUUUCAGAUGUCAGAUACUGUAAUGGAUUUAUUAAAGACUGGCUAUCCAGUUAUCUAACACUGUUGUGUAAUGUUAUGUAAUUCAGCAAAAGAUUUUAAAGGGGUGGGUAAAGAAAAGAAUAUUCAUACAUACACAUAACCAAGGUUGAUAGCUUAGUUUUUAUUAAAAUGCCUACAUGUAGCAUUUCAGUCCACUUUGAGGACUAGCAUUUGUCUUUAAGUUAACAUUUCUUGAAAUCUCUGUCAUAUGAAACGGAAUGUUUGUGUGUCUGCACACACUGAAACAAGUUUGUAUUUUAAAGGAAAGGUGACAGAAGAUGAAUUAUUUUCUGGCUGUCCUAAAUUCUGAAAGAGUUAUUGUGGGCCAAGAAAAGAAGAUUUAGCUGGUGUUAAACUCAAACAUACUGGGCCAAGAAUAAUGCCGAUCCAAUCCAAUCCAAUCCAAUCCAAUCCUUUCC